AUGGCUGCCGAUUGGCCUGAUGUUGAUGGAGGAGCUGUCCUAGUGAUUCAGAAACCAGGGGUCUAUUUGAAAUUGCAUGACCUGAAGAAGAACAAGCAUCAGAAGGUCCGGGCUAAGUCUGUCUUCCUGCCAGUCCUGAGCAUUGACCCUGAGACUUUAUCACACACCAGGCAGGAGAGAGGCAGUGAAUCUAUGCUCCUUGGUCAUCUUGCAGCAAAGAUGCAGCCCAACCCACCGUCUCUUCUUUUUCCAAAGGUGUCUAAGCUGCACAGAAUUGGAAAUCUAACAAGGGUCUCAGAAUUCUUCCUCCUGGGCCUCUCAGAUGAUCCAGAACUGCAGCCUGUGCUCUUUAUCCUGUUCCUGUCCAUGUACCUGGUCACCGUGUUGGGGAACCUGCUCAUCAUCCUGGCUGUCACCUCUGACCCCCACCUCCACACCCCCAUGUACUUCUUCCUCUCCAGCCUGUCCUUGGCUGAUAUCGCUUUCAUCUCUACAACUGUCCCAAGAUUUAUUGUGGACAUCCAAACUCACAGCAGAGUGAUCUCCUAUGAGGCUUGCCUGACUCAGAUGUCUUUUUUUAUCCUUUUUGGAGGUAUGGAUGAUAUGCUUCUGACUGUAAUGGCCUAUGACCGGUUCAUCGCCAUCUGUCACCCACUGCACUACCAAGUCAUCAUGAACCCACGCCUCUGUUGCUUCUUCAUUUCCAUGUCUUUUUUUGUUAGCCUGUUCGAUUCCCAGGUGCAGAAUUUGAUUGUGUCACAAUUUACCUGCUUCAAGGAUGUGGACAUUUCUAAUUUUUUCUGUGACCCUUCUCUGCUCCUAAAUCUUUCCUGUUCUGAAACUUUCACCAAUGACAUUGUCAUGUAUAUUUUUUUUGCUAUCUUUGGUUUUCUCCCUUUCUUAGUGAUCUUUUUCUCUUACUAUAAAAUUCUUUCCUCCAUUCUGAGAGUUCCCUCAUCCAGUGGGAUGUAUAAAGCCUUCUCCACCUGUGGUUCUCACCUGUCAGUUGUUUGCUUAUUUUAUGGAACAGCCCUUAGUGCGUACCUCAGCUCAACUGUCUCACAAUCUCCCAGGAAGGAUGUAGUGGCCUCAGUGAUGUACACUGUGGUCACCCCCAUGCUGAACCCCUUCAUCUACAGUCUGAGGAACAGAGACAUCAAAAGGGCCACGUGGAGAUUCCCUAGCAAAAAAAAAAAAAUCUCAUAUUAA